AUGAGCAGCUCCGGUGCUGCAGGGCAAUCGUCAAAACCUGCAAAGGCUGGUCCCUCACAGCCUUCCGAAACCUCUACUAAGAGGAAACGAGGAAUGUUUCAGAAAGAUUUACAGCACAUGAUGUAUGGGUUUGGAGAUGAUCCUAACCCAAUUCCUGAAAGUGUGGCACUUGUAGAAGACAUUGUUGUAGAGUAUGUCACUGACAUGGUACAUAAAGCACAAGAUAUAGGAUCCAAGAGAGGCAAAAUAUCAGUGGAGGAUUUCCUCUACUUGAUCCGCAAGGACAUGCCAAAGCUCAACCGGUGUACAGAACUGCUAUCCAUGCAAGAAGAGCUGAAGCAAGCUAGGAAAGCUUUUGACGUGGAUGAGGACAAACUGGCUUCACUGGAGUGA